CACACACACACACACACACACACAUAUACUAGUACGCUCGCGGAGCAUGUGAGGACUCUGGGCUGUGGCGGACCUGGACACUGCGUCUCAUCCGCGGAGCGGACUGUCACUGAUGAAACUAUGGCACAUGGGUGAAAGAGCAACGGCAGGUUGCCAAGGAAACAGAUAUUGUUGUGAGCGAGCUUCUUACUUUUUCCGCCAUUUAAAAUAUAUAUAUAUCUGCCAUUGCUAUCAUGGCUGAACAAAAAACGACACAAGAAAACAUUCUAAAGUCCCAGCAGAAAUGCAUUGCGCUCUUCAGUCUGCUGUGCUGCUUCGCGGUGCUGGUGGCGCUCAUCUUCUCCUCGGUGGACGUGUGGGGGGAGGACGAGGAUGGCAUCACAGAGGAGAACUGCAACUUUAAAUGUCGCAUAGUCCUGGUGGAGAACAUUCCAGAAGAGCUGGACCUCUCCCCUGCAGGCGAGGGUACGCUGGGGCUGUCUGUGGGUCUCCAUGGGCUACUGGACAUGGCCAAGCGCUCGGUGGAGAUCGUCUCCCCCCGCUGGGACCUGACCUCCAGAGAGCAGCAGGCCGGACACUUCUCAGGCAAUGAGGGCCAGCGUCUCUUUGAAAGGCUGCUCGGUCUGAAGUCGCGCGGGGUGAAGCUGAAGGUCACCAGCAGUCUGACGGACUCUGCUGAGCUGACAGCCCUCUCUGCUCACGAUGCUGAGGUUCGCUAUGUGAACAUGACAGCCUUGACCAAAGGGCACCUGCACUCAUCUUUCUGGGUGGUGGAUCGAAAGCACAUAUACAUCGGGAGUGGCAGCAUGGAUUGGAGGUCCCUAGCCAAGAUGAAAGAGCUAGGAGUGCUCCUGUAUAACUGCAGCUGCCUGGCCCUGGACCUGCACAGGAUCUUCUCGUUCUACUGGCAGCUGCAAUACAAAGACUACAUCCCCUCCAUUUGGUCCAAGCGGGUGACGGCCCUCUACAGCAGGGACGAGCCCCUCUUGAUUCACCUCAACAACACUGACGCCAAUGUCUACAUGUCUACCUCCCCAGACUUGUUCUGCCCUAAGGAUCGCACCAAAGAUAUCGAGGCCAUAGAACGGGUGAUUCAGGAGGCCAAGAGCUUCAUUUACGUCUCUGUCACGGACUACCUGCCCUUGGUGAACAGGACCUCUCGGGGGCUACACGUUACAAGGUACUGGUCAGAGAUAGACGAGGCCCUCAGAGAGGCGCUGGUGCUGAGACGGGUCACCGUGCGCCUGUUGCUAAGUUUCUGGGAGAAGACGCACCCGUACACGAUUAACUUUGUGUCGUCGCUGAGCUCGCUGUGUAUCCAGCAGAUGGACUGCAGCCUGGAAGUGAAAUUUUUCAGUACUAAUGAAGGGCUACACAGAGACGACAAGGGACUUAACAACAACAAGUACAUGGUGACUGACAAUGCAUUAUACAUAGGAAACCUAGACUGGGUGGGAAGCCAGUUCACCUUCAACGCAGGAACUGGCCUUGUGAUCAAGCCCACUGGAGAGCAUCUGGACGACAAGCCCUCCAUUUUGGAUCAGAUGAAGGCAGCCUUCGAGAGGGACUGGUUCUCGCAGUACGCCAAGAGCCUACAGCACAUUAUGACCCAAAUGGGAAGUCCGUUGAAGACCCCCGCACUGUCACUGGCUGGGAGAGCGAUGGAGCGCAGAGAGAGAAGUGGAAAGUGAUGCACUUCCCUCUAAGUCAUGGACUGAUUUUGAUACGUGGAAAAAAAUCACAGCUGCAAAAUUACAAUUUGAAAGAGAAUGGAUUUUUUUUCUUUUCUUCUUGAACUAUUACUCAAGCAACACGAUGUAUGUAUUCUUUAAGGGGUCCAAAGACACCUGCAUGUGAAGCUGGGAGACGCUGGAAUACAGGGCUCUCCAAGUCACCCCUGCCAAGUGCAAGUCUGUGAGACCGGCUACUCCUCAUCGAAAUCAAACUUUGUUUUCACACGUUUGCACUGUCUACAUGUUCGUCCAUAGAAAUGUUUUUUUUUUUUGCAUGUUUAUUUGUAAAGACAUUCCAGCAUUUUCAAACAGUUUAUAUCAAUGUUUAUCUUUCAUGAUGGUAUGCCUUUAUAUGACAUGGAUGUCAUUUUUUAUUAUUUUUUUAAUUAUAAAGAACAUUGCUCGGUUUUUAUAUACAUUUCUAAUCACCCUGUUUUAUACAUGGCCAGUUUUUGGUUGGCACCAUUUUGUUGUUACAUUGGGCAUUUGAGAAACAUUUGUCUUCAUUUCAUAUAUCAAAGCACACAAAUUAACCAACACUAGAAACACUACUGCCAAAGUUUCAACCAUCUGUUUUGUGGCUAUGAGCUCAUUUAAUUUGGAUUACUUCUGCAGCAUAAUUGCUGACUUCAGUUGGCCACUGGUUCCUGUCGCCAAAGCUUUCCUGCACUGUUCAGAAUCAGAAUCAGAAUUGUUUUUAUUGUCAAGUAAGUUUACACCUACCAGGAAUUUGUUUUGGCAUAUUGGUGCUGACAAUAAACAUACAAAACAUAAUAAGUACUACACACAAGAAAAACAAUAUAUAAAUUGUAAAAAAUAUAAAAAAAUAUGGCUCUUGCCACUUCUCCCUGGAUUAUAACCUCCAACGGAUUGAAAUAAGGAUGACUACUACUACCGUAUGCUAAACUGUACACACUGCAUGUUUCUUUGGAGCAUUUCAAGCUUGACCGCUCUGACCUGACUGCUUCGUCUUCCACUGAUAUAUCCAAUACAAGUGAAUGUGAGGUAUGGCCCUGUAAAGCUGAUGAAAUCGUUUGCACUUGAUCUAUACUUGACUGUUAUUAAAACUAUCAGAGUUUUCAGA